AUGGAGUCUUCUUCGCUAGGCUCCAUGGACCUCUCAGACAAUCGUCAACCUGACCUUUAUGCAGCUAUAACUGUCUGUCUCUUCUUUGCAUUAGUUAGUGUUGCUCUUCGCUUUUGGUGUCGUUGGAUCAAUAAAGCAAGUUUUUGGCUUGACGAUUGGCUCAUCCUCUUUGCACUUGCUAGCUCUUUUGGCCUUGCUGUUGAUCAAUUAUGGUGGAUCCCACGAGGCCUUGGAAGGCAUGUUCAAACCUUUGGGCCUAAUGUCGUCGAAACGUUUUAUAUUUGUCUUUUCAUCUCCGAGAUGACAUAUACUGGCGCCAUAGUUUUUGUCAAAUUCUCUAUCCUCGCCUUGUACUGGCGUAUCUUCAACAAGAGCGGGAGCAUCAAGCUCCCGAUAACCAUUCUCACAGCAGCGGUUUUGAUGUGGGGCCUAGCAGUGCUUUUCCUUACUCUGUUGCAAUGUAUCCCAACUCGAGGCAUAUGGGAUAAAACUAUCGAAGCUUCUUGCAAUGUAGACAGUCAAAAGUUCCUCUUCGCAAUCUCGAUUCCAAAUAUUCUUGUCGACGUUACUAUUCUCAUACUUCCUAUCCCUUACGUUAUGCAUCUUAAUGUUACAAAGAGUCAAAAAAGAGCUGUAAUAACUCUCUUCCUUCUAGGUGGUUUCGUUUGUGUCGCUUCUAUAAUGCGGCUCGUUGCUGUUAUAACUCAGAAGGACGACGUUGAUAUAUCCUGGAAUAUCGUUAACCAGAGCAUCUGGGCUACUGUUGAAGCUAAUUUCGCAAUCAUCUCAGGAUGUCUACCAACCCUGCGACCGGUAUGGAUAGCAAUUCGAAAGAAAAGUUCUCAUACCGAACAAUCACGUUCGUCGUAUCAGCAUACGGCCGAAACUACGCCGCCGAGGCGUAGGCCAUCUUCAUGGGCGACAUUGAUCCUCGGAUCCAAAGCCAACUCUGAGGAGGAUAGCUUGCCAUUCUCAGCUAUACACGGUCCUACCGAAGAUCCUUCACGCCCCGGGACCGUACAAGAGCUACAAAUGUCGAGCAUAGCUACAUCAAUCCCAUUACCAGAUAUUCCAACUCGGAUGAUUCAGAGCCCGGAUACCAUAAGAAUCGAAAAUACAUGGGAUGUAGAGUACAGCCAGGAGGUUCAGCCUGAGAACCAUGCCUGA